UGGGAUUCAUAGAUGAUUACUACAAGAGGCAAGCAUAUGAAGAAACUUAUGCGACACCAAUCGAACCAAUGCCUAGCCCAGAUAAGUGGCCUGACACUGGUCUGAAUCCGAUACAUCCUCCAACAGAGACAAUUUUACCUGGAAGGCCUAAAAAGUCUAGAAACAAAGAGGCAGAUGAACCACCACCUACUACUGCAACAAAGGCUAGGAGAGUUGGCCAAGUUAAUCACUGCAGCAAUUGCAAGCAAACAGGCCAUUCACGAGUAACAUGCAAGAAUGCAACUAUGGAGCCUGCAAGGCAAAAAAAGAGAGGAAGACCACCAUCUCAGAAUCCUACUACUGAAACUAUUAAAAGGAAGGAGCGAGCUAAGAGACAGAAGCAAAGGAAUGGUGGUUCCACAUCUCAGACCAACUAAGAAGCUUCUCUUUAAUCUUAAACCCUUUUGAUGUAGAAAACUUGUUUUCUUUUUGGUGUAGUCGCCAUACAAUAUAGGCAUUACCAUACUUUUGACAUGUACAUAUUCAGUCUGACUUUAUCAAUAUUUUGGGACAUCUUGGCCAUUAGGAAUACUUUUGACAUGUAGACAUUAUGCUACUUAACAAUAUGUCAUAUGUUUGCUCUGUAAAGUUGAAAAUAUUAAUCAAUGACAAAAUAUCUGGUUUGGUGCAUCAUUCUAUUAUGCUUGAAAGCAACACUAAAUAAAUAUAUUUCUCUUACAUUCAAUGAAGCCAUGAUUUUUUUUUCA